AGAAGACCAAGGUACUGGGGUAUUUACCGAAGGAGAUAUAACAAUUGGUCUGAACAUGUCAGUCCCAGCAUUCAUCCUUCAUCCCACCAGCAGCAAGAUGGAGAUCCAGCAACAAGUGAUGCCUAUGUGGACACCCAAGUAAGAUACACUCCAUAUGCCAUUCCACGCUAUCACCGGAGAAGCAAUUUUAAGAAACAAGACCAAAGCCACGUUAACACACAAAGAGAGCAAAAGUCUCCAGAGAGGGAAAUGAAGGAGAAGAGGCAGGAUGAGACUUUGGGAAGCUGGUUCAAGAUCACUAUUCCAUUCGGCAUAAGAUAUGAUGAGAAGUGGCUGCUGAAUUUGAUUCAGAAGCGAUGCAGUGUCCCCUUCACUCCAGUCGAAUUUCACUACGAGAAAAUGCAGGCCCAUUUCUUCGUUGAACAUGCCAGCAUUGCCUUCGCAUUGAAGAAUGUCAAUGGCAAGAUUUGGGAUGACGAUAAUGAGAAGAUAUCUGUCUUUGUCAGCCCCUCUGGUGCACCCCACUCUGUGCAGAAGGAGCUGAACUCAGAAAAGGUGGAGCAGACAAAGCUGACCAUGAACAAACUAUAUGAUGUGUCCCAGGAUUCUCUUGACGUCCAAAGAUGCUGCUUUGACCCUGACUUGAUGACCCAUGGUACUGAAACAGCACCGAAUCCAAGAAUCUGCAUGGCUGCCCCCCUGCAGAUAGAUGAAGAGAACAUGUCCAAGGUGAAGUCUGCAGGGGGGUCGGACCAAGGCAAAGGGCUGGAGCCAGAAGAGGUGAACGCAAACAUAAAUCCCCUAUGCACCACCAUCUCAGAUAAGUCAACCAACAUAAGCUCUAUCCUGGAACUGUUCCCCAAGUUAUUAUGCCUGGAUGGCCAGGAGCCACCCCCACCAGCUAACUUUGGUAUUGAAGCCCACAAGAAGUUACCAACCUACAAGGGAAGUGUCUUUGGAUCUGACAUGCUAAGUCUAGUCCUGCAAUUCCUGCAGCAGUACUACUUGAUUUAUGACUCUGGAGAUCGACACUGUCUCCUCUGUGCUUAUCAUGACAAGGCCUGCUUCUCCCUGACCAUUCCCUUCAACCCCGAGGACCCAUCCCCAAGCAGCUUGUUUGAGUACUUCAAUGACAACAGGAAUAUGAAGAAGUUCAAGGACCCAUACCUGCGAGUUCAGCUGCUGAAGCACACAAAACAUGACAUCGUGUGCUCCCUCUGCGUGUUGCCCAAAACUCAGCAUGACCUCAGCUCCUUCGUGGUGGACAUGUGGUUCCAGACGGAAAGGAUGCUCUGCUUCUCUGUCUAUGGUGUGUUCAAGGAAGUGGAAGGAAGGUCUCAGGGUUCUGUGCGUGCCUUCGCCCGGACCUUCAUCACUACCCCUGCCGGCAGUUCCAGUCUAUACAUCAUGAAUGAUGAGCUGUUUGUGAGGGACACCACCCCCAAGGAGUCUCAGAGUGAGUUCUCCAUCCAAGGGCCUACACCCAUCACCAGCUCCCUGCCCACCCUCUCCCAGGAGCAGCAGGAAAUGGUGCAGGCUUUCUCCACCCAGUCUGGGAUGAAUCUCCAGUGGUCUCAGAAAUGCCUUCGUGACAAUGACUGGGUCUACACCAGAGCUGCAGAGGUGCUUGCUCUGCCCAAGGCAUUUUACAACUCCAUCCAAACUAAUAAUUAUUCAGAUAAAGGAACUGAAGUUAAAAGGUACACGUCCAUCACAGAAUGGCGGAUACUGCGGGGUCUGAGUGAUCCUUAUGGGAAUGACUUAGAGGGCCGAACUGACAGAGCAGCCAUCAUCUAG